AACACUUGUAACGCACACCAGAAGACAUGCUGGUGACAAUGUUGAGUUUCAGUGUGCGUGAUGAAUGAUUUUUUUUUAAGUACCAGGUACCAGGAUGCUGGUCAGAACAGCAGCAGUAAAUGGAGCCGCGGGACUUUAAAUAAACUGUCAGGGCUUUAACUUUGAAUAUAACAAAGAAUAACGAGACGUUGUGUGUGUAAACAUCUGAUUCUACCAUUUAAAAAGAAAAUAUGUGACAUUGAGUUUUACUAUACUGUAGCCCAUUGUUAUUUUGUGUUGACAUGAACUUGUUUACGCCACACGCUUUAAUCUCUAGGGUGUAAUGACACCUCCACACCUGAGGGAGGCAGUAAUGCAUUUGAAUGUAGUAGCCGUGUAUUACCGGACGACUAGCAGGCAGAGGCGGUGCAGUAUUUGUGUCAGUUAUUUUAUUUUAACGCUUGUACUUUUGCCUGUUGUAUAACAUACUGCACGUGAUUACUUCUUCAUGUAAAGAGAAACUCGUCUCAAAACAUUUUGAAGCUUUUUGGGCUAACUUAGCCUUGCUAGCCGCUAACAAAGAGACGCGGAAGUGGUCAACACAUCGCUAAGCACAAGUGAGCGUAAAGUGUUGGGUUUGUGUGGAAAAUGUGUAAAGUACAAAUACUGAGGGCGUUGGUGAAUCGGCGACUGACUGCGGCUGUUGAAGAAAUAUUUGUAGUGUUCGAAAGAACGAUAGCAGAGUACGAGGGGGAACUCUCUCGAACGAAGGAGGAGAACGAGCGACAACGUAAACUACUCAACGCUGUUUUCAAGGACCCCCAAGUGGUGUUACAAAGAGCAGACUUCCAGAAGGUGACUGAUUGUCAAGAACGCCACCCUCAGCUGCAGCGUGCGAGCUCCACUUUGAAGCAGGAGGAUCCACAGCACCCGCACAUUAAGGAGGAAGGGGGGGAACUCUGGACCACACAGGAGGGAGAGUGUCUUCUAGGGCUGGAGGAGACUGAUCUCACCAAGUUACCUGGUGUCUCUGUGAAGAGUGAAGACCAUGAAGACAAACCACCUGAGUCCUCACAGCUUCAUCAGAGUCCAAGGGAGGACAACAGAGGGACAGAGCCUCCAUGCAGCUCAUCACAACACAUGACAACAGAAUAUGAUGGAGACCACUGUGGAGGAUCACAGGCAGGCAUCCUCCUAGCUCCACUAUCAGAUGAUGACGACGCAACGUCACACACUCCCGAGGCAAAAGACAGGAACGACACCCAAGGACCUUUGAGCGGCGAUGCAGACUGUGAAGGAGAUAUGAGGACUCAAAUUGACAGCAAACACUCUGAAUGUUCUAAAAAGAAGACGGGUAAAAAAUGUUUGACCUGCCCAGUUUGUGAGAAUGUUUACAAUAAGAGCGCUUUGCCUCAACACAUGAGGACGCACACAGGGGAACAACCUUUUAGUUGUUCCGUUUGCUGUCAAAGAUUCGCUCACAAGUCAAACAUGGUAACACACAUGAGAACACACACAGGAGAACAACCUUUUAUUUGUGCAGUUUGCGGUAGCAGAUUCUCAUUCAAGUCGAAUUUGAUCAAACACAUGAGAACACACACAGGAGAAAAACCAUUUAGUUGUUCACUUUGCGUUAAAACGUUCGCUCGACGCGACAUUUUGGCGGCACACAUGCGGACACACACUGGAGAAAAACCCUUUAGUUGUUCCGUUUGCUAUCAAAGGUUCUCUCAAAAGGUACAUAUGAUAAAACACAUGAGAACACACACAGGAGAAAAACCUUUUAGUUGUUCGGUUUGUGGUAAAACAUUUGGUCAAAGGGCGCAUAUGACAUUACACAUGAGAACACACAUGAUCGAAAAAACAUAUAUAUGUUCAUUUUGUGAUAAAAGUUUCACUAAUAAGGUAGAUAUGGUAAAACACAUGGGAAUACACACAGUAGAAUAACCCUUUGAUUGCUGAUUUUAUUGUUUACGGGGAAAAUUUUGUUGGAAAAGUCUCUCAGAUGGCACAUAAAAUACGCACAUGAGAAAAUUACACUUCGAGAGGGAGGUCUUGGUCCACUAGCAGGUGAACCCACGUGGGGUUCAGUUUGGUAUGAAUUAUUUCAUCCUGUAUGAAUUAUUUUAUGUGCUUGAUGAAAAGCAGUAAAAUAUAAAACUGUCAACAGGCUUGAUUUGUUUUUGUCAACAGAAAUGUUUCUUUUUUUGAAGCCUUGGUUUGUUGUCUUCUGGGAUUUACAUUGAGUCAUUUUUUUACAUUAAAGGAAGCUCCGGAUCAACUAAGUUGUCCUUUAGGUUUUGACGAAAAACAUAAAAACUGUCAGUCAGGUCCUCAGCCAGUGUGAGAGUGUGUGUUCGUUUCUUCUUGAUUGUAUUUUACUUACUUUCUGUUAGCAAUGUAAUGGUGUCAA